AAUCGGUUUGCGAAUCACAGCUGCCGAAUUUGCUGCCCCGGCCGACCCAGGCCAGCAGCGAGGGCAGGAGAUCGCCAACUCGUGCCCACAGACACGAGCGCCGCUCUCGCGCCGUCGCGCAGGCGUCAUUUUUCGAAACAGUUUGCUGCGCCAUUAAUACGCUGCCCGCGGCCGACCGAAGACAAGAAAAUGGAAGACUUCCCGAGCAUGGACGCCUACCUCGCCCAGGCGCCGGCGCCCAGCUUAACAGGGCAGCCCCCCCAUUCCAUGUCCGAGCGGGAGAUCGAAGCCCUCGAUGCGGAGGCCCUCGCGCGCAAGGAGGAGGCCCUGCGGCGGAUGAACGCGGCCCUCGACGCCGAAAUGCCAGACCUAGCCGAGGUCGACGCGGUCAUCGCGCGCGCGGCGCGCGACGAGGCCAUCCUGGCGGCGCCGAAGCCCAGAGCAGCGCCGCCGCGCAGCCCCUCUCGAAGAGAGCAGUGGCUCGACACGGCCGCGCGCGUCGCGUCGCCGCCGCGCGCGCCGCGGCCGCGCACGGGCGAGACGCGCUGGCGGUCCGCGCGGCCCGACGAGGCGCCCCUGUCCACGGAGUCGCCUCCUAGAACGGCAGACUUCGCCUGGCUCGGCGGCGAGCGCGGCGCGACGCCGGACGAUUCGAAAUUACCGGAAGACGCCCGGAAACGCCUACGCCAGGCCGAGCACAAAGCUUUGAAGUCUGACCUCGAGGCCGCCCACAAGCGUAUUGCUUCUUUACAACGGGAGCUCGCCGCGUCGGAAAAGGAGAACGGAACACUUGAGAGGUCUCUGAAGGACGUGCAGCGCGACCGGGACCGAUGCCGGGACAAGGGUCAAACUGAUGCUGCUGCCAGGGAAAAGGCCGAGGAGGCCUGUGCUGCCGCGAAGAAGGAGCUUAUUGACUUAAAAAGGGAGCUCCGCGACAUGAACAAAAAAGGCCAGACGCAGCAGCGCGCGGCGUCGUCCGAGAGCGUGCGUUUACAGAGAGCGCUCGAGGACGUCGACAAGCUCAAGGCGACGAUCACGAAACUCAAGACCGAGCUUAGGGAUGGCGAGAAGGACCGACGGACGGAGCGCGACAAGCUCGACCAGCGCUGUAAGAGAUUAGAAAGACAAAAGGCCGAGGUCCUGGCCGCCUUCCGCAAGCAGAUGAAGUUGAUAGAUAUUCUGAAGCGGCAGAAGGUGCACAUGGAGGCGGCGCGGCUACUCAAUUUCACGGAGGAGGAGUUCAUGCGCGUCGUGAAUUGGGACGACGGCGCCGAGAAGGCUCCCGUCGACACGGCGGCCCGGAACCGGGCGGCGAAGAAGCCCGCGGUUCAGUGAGUAGGGUAAUUACUUCAGGGGAACUACAUACAUAAGAACAGGAG